CUAUAAAUACCUUCUCGAAAACCCUUCUCAGAUUUUCGCUGCCGCCUAUCUGGCUUUCCCAGUCCGACCCGACUGUUUCAACCGGAUCCGGAUUCGGAUUCCCCAUAUAUUUAUGCAACCUUCAUAUCUGAGUACAGAGUACUCGGACUGCUUCAGAAACCAUAACUCAGCUCAGAUCGAUUCGCCAUGGGAGACUACAACAACAACAACAACAACAACGAUGCCUUCAUGCGCAGCCAAAACGCCGCCGUUCAGGGCCGAACCAAGGCCCAGAACCGCGCUAAUGUUCUUCAGCUCAAACUGAUUGGUCAGAGUCACCCCACUGGUUUAACAACUAACCUUUUGAAGCUGUUUGAGCCUCGACCACCGUUGGAUUUUAAACCGCCUCCAGAGAAAAGAAAAUGCCCACCCUUGACAGGGAUUGCGCAGUUUGUGAGUAAGUUUGCGGAGCCAGGAGAUCCUGAAUAUACUGCGCCUGUCCAAAAGGGCGAAACUCCUACACAAAGAAGGGCUCGGAUACACCAGUUAAGGCUUGACAAGGGUGCAGCAAAGGCUGCAGAAGAGCUAGAGAAAUAUGAUCCAAAUAAUGACCCAAAUAUUUCUGGAGAUCCAUAUAAGACUUUGUUUAUUGCUAGACUGAAUUAUGAGUCAACUGAGAGCAGAAUCAAAAGGGAGUUUGACGUUUAUGGUCCAAUCAAACGGGUUCGAUUGGUCUCUGACAAAGAAACAAAUAAACCUAGAGGCUAUGGAUUCAUUGAGUACAUGCAUACACGGGAUAUGAAAGCUGCAUACAAGCAAGCUGAUGGGAGGAAGAUUGAAGGCAGAAGGGUUCUUGUAGAUGUUGAACGUGGGAGGACAGUCCCAAACUGGCGUCCUCGCCGACUGGGUGGUGGGCUUGGGACCACCAGAGUUGGAGGUGAGGAAGUUAAUCAGAGAUAUUCAGGAAGGGAGCAAGUACAAUCAGGAGGACAACCCCGGUCCGAGGAGCCAAGGGGACGCGAGGAGCGGCAUGUAGACUUGGAUAGAGAAAAAUCCCGUGAAAGGGGUAAAGAGAAAGACAAGGAGAGAGAACGGGAGAAGUCUCGUGAGCGCUCCCGUGAACGCUCCCAUGACAAGCCUAGGGAUCGUGAUCACAGGGAAGAUAGGCACCACAGAGAUCGUGAUAGACCCAGAGACAGGGACCCGGAUAGGGAUAGCGAAAGAGAUCGUGGUCGUGAGCGUGAUCGAGAAACUAGGGAUCGUGAUCGCGAUCGCCCUCGAGAAAGAGACAGGGAUUACGAAGUUGGGGACCCUGAGCAUGAUCGUGGCCGUUCCCGUGACAAGGAAUCUGAUUAUGACCACCGUACUGAAUCAAAACAUGAGAGGGACCGACAUGGCGAAAGGGAACGGGAUUAUGACCGCACUGCCCAGGAAGAUGGCCAGGGGUGGUUUGAACAACCUGAACAUGGCCAUAGGCACUCAGACCCUGACCAGGAUGCUGAGCCCUAUGAACAUCAUCGUAGCCAGUAUGAUCAAUUGGAUGUCCAGCAUGACCAUGACCGUUACAAACAAUAUCCUGAUCGCGGGCAUGAUCGCUAUGAUCGAAUGGAGGAGGAUGAUUACCAUUAUGAACAAGCACCAGUUGAGUCCCGCGAAAGGGAUAGGGAUGGAGAUGUGGAGCGAGAUUAUCGGAGGUCAUCUAGAUCACUCUCUCGGGAUUAUAGUGAAUAUUAAGACUGAAAUUAAGUACCUAUCAAGUUUUUGUGCUUUACUGGUUAGCUAUUCACUCUGAUUGGGUUCAUCAGCACUCAGGAUUGCGUCUUAUGCAGCAGCUGCUUUCUGUGUUGGGUCUUUUGUUUUGUUCGUCUUUUGUCCCUUUUCUUUCUACUCAAUCCUACAUAGAGCUGUGUUUAAAUGUCUUUGCGACUAAGCUGGCUUGAGGAUGUUAUGUGUUGGGUAAUUUAAAUGUCUGAACGUUUACGGUGGUGGAAUUGGGUAGGUUUUUUUUCCCUCUUUUGUAAACCUUUUAAAUUUGUGAAAAUUAAUGAAUUUGUUGGUGGAUUCGUGUGACA